UAUUUUUUAGGAACAAAAAGAUCCUCUCAAAUUUGGUCACAUUAAGACACUGUGUUAGCUGAUUUAUUAUUUUCGCAGAUUUUGCUUAAUAAGAAAUCAUGCCAAACAUCAACAAAUUAGGUUUCAUCUUAAUUUUUCAAUGUCAUUGAUUUAGCUAAAAAAGAAUUCCUGUAAAGUGUCAACCGAGUAGGUUUAGUCUUCAGUAGAAAUACGAAGAAAAUACAACAUUUCAUCACAUCGAAAGUGUUUAGAAACCUAAUCCAAAAACGUGGUCUGCUAUACGUUGUUGCUGUCAUUGCUGUUGCCGUUGUCAGGAGUCCCAGAGUUCCAUCAGUCUCACAAGAUCACAGAAAAAGGAAAACAAAUCAAAUGUUUUAAGCUUGUGCUGAGAUCAUUUUCUGCUAAGAUAUAAACCACAUGCUGGUAAUAUGAAUUCCGAUUCGGAGUACUCGGAUGAGGAUCACGGUGACUCGCAUCGAUCGCUGCACAGUCACAUGAGUUCCGGGAAUUUUGACAGUGACAGCGAGGAUACCUGCACGGAAAUCGUUUUGGCGGACAAUAACAAUCGGAAUCCCGAUGCUGAUGACUUUCUCUACAAGGUCCUAUCGGUGGAUCAAAUUGUUCAGCAUCAACGUAACAUCAUCGAUGAGGUCAAUAAUGUCUUGAAUCUAUCACCGCAGGUUACUCGCAUCAUCCUCAAUCACUUUAAAUGGGACAAGGAGAGUCUGUUCGAAAACUAUUUCGAGAGUAGUCCACAGGAUUUCUUUCAGCGCGCCCAUGUGGUGAAUCCUUUCGAGAGGGGAAGUGAAACGGAUUUGGCGAACAACGUAUCGGCUUCCUGUUCCUCGCAACAGCUCUGUGGCAUUUGCUUUUGUCCCUGCGAGGAACUCAUGGGCUUGGGUUGUGGUCAUAGCUUUUGUGCUGCCUGUUGGAAACAAUACUUGGCCAAUAAGGCCUGCAGUGAGGGCCUAGCCAAUACGAUUAAAUGCCCAGCUACAAAUUGUGAUAUCCUAGUGGAUUAUGUAUCCUUCCUAAAACUCGCCGAUGAUCCAGAAGUUGUGGAACGAUAUCAGCAGCUCAUCACCAAUACCUUUGUGGAGUGCAACACUCUGAUGAGAUGGUGUCCCGCCCCCAAUUGCACCCAUGCCGUAAAGGCCAAUUGUGCGGAGCCACGAGCUGUUCAGUGCAAAUGUGGCCAUCAGUUUUGCUUUGCUUGUGGCGAAAAUUGGCAUGAACCGGCCAGUUGCAGUUCGCUCAAGCAUUGGCUCAAAAAAUGCCUUGAGGACUCGGAGACUUCCAAUUGGAUUGCCCAGAACACCAAAGAGUGCCCCAAAUGCAAUGUUACGAUUGAAAAGGAUGGUGGCUGCAAUCAUAUGGUCUGCAAAAAUCCAUCCUGCAGAUAUGAUUUCUGCUGGGUGUGUCUGGGUUCCUGGGAGCCACACGGUUCGUCCUGGUACAGUUGCAAUCGUUUCGACGAGGAGGAGGCCAAACAAGCCAGGUUGGCCCAGCAAAAGUAUCGUUCGUCGAUGGCCAGAUACUUGCACUACUACAAUCGCUAUGCCAACCAUAUGCAGAGCAUGAAAAUGGAGAACAAAUUGUAUGCCAAUGUCCAGGCCAAAAUGAAUGACAUGCAGGAGGAGAUGAGCUGGAUUGAGGUUCAGUUCCUGCGCGAUGCCGUCGAUGUUCUAUGCCAAUGUCGCACCACUCUGAUGUACACCUAUGUCUUUGCCUUCUACUUGAUGAAUAACAAUCAGAAGAUCAUCUUUGAGGAUAAUCAAAGGGACAUGGAAAUGGCCACCGAGAAGAUCUCCGAGUGUUUGGAGCGGGAGAUCACUGUGAAAAAUCUCUAUGAAGUUAAGCAAAAGGUCUUGGACUUAUCACACUACUGCCAAAAGCGACGACAUGUCCUUCUAUGCCAUGUCCGGGAGGGCUACGAAAAGGACUGGUGGGAAUUCAUUGCGGAGACUUCGAAAUAAUUAUUAGAAUCAUAUAACAUCUAAAUCACGGCACAUGCAACACAUGGAGGAAGGAAAGUAAACCGGAAAUUUCACUGAAGACUUUUUAUAUUGACGCAACACAAAAUCUCUUUCGGAUUCCUGCUCUAGUUGGAUCGAAUAUUAGUCGACUCCUUCUAGAGCCUUCAAAAUUUUACAGUUCUUACACAGGAAUAGAAAGUAAUAUAAAAAAAGCAAAUCAA